CCCUUGUCUCCUCCCCGACCCCUCUGAAACCCGUCUCGACAAAUGUCAAACAAAUUUGACAUUUCCCGGAUGUAAACAUAUUGAUCGCUUGUAUUUUUAUCACAUUUUAUUGAUUUACUUCGGGUUUUGCUGAACAAAAUGGACCAAGAAACUGCGAAAAAACUUUUAGUCGAAGGAGGAACAUUUGUUUUCCUCGGAGUACCUCAAGAAACACAAUUUGGCAUAGAUAUGCAGUGCUGGAAUACUGAAGAGGAUUUUCGCGGAAUUAAAAUGAUUCCACCUGGAUUACAUUAUAUUCAUUUUUCUGGAGUGAGCAAGGGAACUGGAGACGUGUCGCCAAGAUCAGGUUUCAUGCAUUACUUCCAUAAAAAGGAGUUUCUAGUCAAAAUGUGGGACAAAGAGACAGAAGAUAUGAGCAAAGAAGAGAUUACAGAAGAAAGCAUUCAACGUUUGAAAGACAAUCUGUUUAAUUUGGACCGUCAUCUUGCACCAUAUCCCUAUGAGAUAUGGCAGAAAUGGAAACUACUUACUUCUCAAAUACCUGCUGAGUUAGCAGCAAAGCUGUCUCCAGAAAAUGGUAUGAUCAGAGCUUCUGUAGAACUCCUCUCUAUGACUGAUGAGGAGAGGCCAAGAGGAGUAAAAUCUGCAGCAUCGAUGGAAAGUCAAGAAAGUACGGAAGAGCCUACAAAAGAGUCUGGAGAAGAUAAAGAAGAAGCAGCUGGACAAUCUACUGCUAAAAGAGCAAAGAGGGGCACACAAGAAGAAAGGGAGGAUGCAAUGCUGCCAGAUCUAAAACCUGCUCCAGGUAUGUCAAUGAGAUUCACAGAAAUUCCACGAGACAAGUACCCACCGGGAUCCACACCAGAAGAGAUUACAAAACACUACUUGGAUCAAUCUUAUUCCUUGGAACUCAUGAUUGCACAACAUGAUGAGCCUCUGCAUAUCAUUGGCGAACUACAAUUCGCCUACCUGUGCUUCCUCAUCGGACAUUCUCUCGAAGCUUUUGAACAUUGGAAAAAUCUGGUGAUCCUCAUGUGCUCCUGUGAUGAUGCCAUACACAAAUACCGCAGCGUAUUCUUCCAUUUCAUUAGAACAAUUGAAAUACAAAUUGAAGAAAUGCCUGAAGAUUUCCUUGCCGACAUUGUUAUGAACAAGAAUUUAGUCUACAAGAAACUGCGUGAAUUUUUCCGUACUGCUUAUGUGAGCAAAGUCGAUGGGCGCCUCCUAACAAUGAUUGAACGGUUCAAAGACAAUCUGACUGAUAAACUGCAAUGGGAUUUCACUGGCUUAGAUGCUGACGAAGAAGACGAAAGACCCGUUAUAGUCCAGCUGAAUGAGGCAGAGUAAUUCCAUAACAAAUUUAAAUGAGUACAUAUUAAAUAAUUUUGUUGUCGAUUUAUUCAAACACAUAUUUUAUUUGUGUGGUGAAUCGUUUUUUUAUAUUAUUACUAAUAUAUUAGUAUUGUGUAGUUAUGAAAUCGUUUAGAUAUUAUGUAAGUUAGGUUGCAAGGUUUAACAUACAUCUACCAUCUGUGGUAGAGCUAAUAGUGGCUUCUGCAGAGAGUAUUCGUGAACUUUACAUAUUAGAUAAUUUUAUUAUACAUUUAAAAACUGCCUUACUGAGGUAGUGUGACAAUGGAAUGGUUCAAAAUGAGUGUCAGCUCAAUUUAUAAGAACAAAUUAAAUAUUUUUGUAUUAGUAUUAGUAAACAAAGAAAAUGUUCUUUGUGAAAGACUUAUAAGGUGUCAACAAUGCUUCAGUAAGGUUAUAAAUAUCUUCAAGUUUGAUUGACGCCAAAUCAAGUUCAUUAUUCAAUAAGUACAAAUUAAUGCAGGGCAUUUUUAUUAAAAUUUCAUCAAAGUAUAGUGGAACAAAUAAUAAAAUAAGUCAAUCAAACUUUUUAAUACUUAUUAUAAUUCUUACAUUUUUCCAUUAAAUAAUUGCACCUUUCAUUCAAAGUAGAUAAGUCUGUAGUUGUGUACUAUGUACAUUUUAUUAAAUUUUGAAUAUUUAAAUAUUUUUAUCAAUAAGUAGUGUCCUGUGAACCCCGCCGCAUGUAUCAGUAUGUCUUUAUUGUAUACCUAUUGGUAGAAUAAAUGAUAUUGGUUUUAUGUUAUUUCAAGUUAUUAGAAAAAUGAAGUCAAUAAAUAAAUAGUACCUGC